AUGUCCUCUUCCGAUCCUCCCUCACCGACACCGGCUGCCAAGUCCUUUCGAGUCUGUCUGAACUGUCGGCGGAAGAAGAAGCGUUGCGACAAAGCUCUCCCGACGUGUGGCAGAUGCGCAUACUCCAACGAACUAUGUGUACAUGAAGGCGACGGCUCUUCCGAAGAGCGCUCUCUCGAUUUCGAGUCACUCACCAUCCAGUCGAUACAGCGACGCUCACCAUACCCAUCUGAGUCGGGCUAUGAACUAGGGACGCCUCUGACCUCCUUCAACCCCCAGUCCUUCGCACCCCUAGCAGCCGGGGACGAGAUACACACUUUCAUCUUUCGUACCAUGGUCGAGACCAUUGGCAACCGGGCGAACAUUGAGCAGGUGGUGACCAGUUACUUUGUAAACGUGAACACGUGGUAUCUCGUCCUCGACCGGCCGGCCUUCGAGGUCCGGCUGCGGGAACUCUGGGCCAACCCGUCCGCCGACGUGUGCCUCGUGGUGCUGUGCAUGUUCCUUGUCAACAAGCUGCCGCGGGACAGUCCCAGCGGGACCAUGCGCGACGGACUCUAUCUGUCGGUGAAAUCAGCCCUGGCGCUUGUCGAGGCCCAAGUUACGCUCUCGAUUUCCCUGCUGCAGUCUAGGCUCCUGAUCGCGCUGUACGAGAACUCACACUCGAUGACGCAGCAGGCGUUUGUCACGCUGGGCAGCUGCGUCCAGAUGACGCGGGCAUUUGGCUGGAACAGGCCCGGCUUCUGGAGCGAGGACCGGCAGAGGGAGCAUCCCCAAGAACUGAAGGACUGCUGUCUCAUCUGGUGGACCAUGGUGGCUUUCGACUGCCAAAACGCGAUUGCUUAUCCGAGCAUUAAGUAUCCGUUGAGCACGGUGGAAGUUGAUUUCCCCAUUCCAGAUCCGAGUGUCUUCAACAACCUCCUUUACCCAAGAUCGGAGCUCAGCCUCCACACAGACCAAUUUCUCGGCGAGAUUCUCUAUGAGGAAUGCCCCCUGGCCAAGUCGGCAGGGUAUGCCCAACAGGUCCUGCGAGGCAGGCUCCAGGCGGGCUCCCCCGCAAGGAGGCAUCACGAGCUCUCAGACGCCAUCACGGCACACGUGCUCAACAUCAUGUCUGGCCCCUGGGACACUGGGCACAGGUUCCUAUCUGUGACUCUUGCCUUCAUCUCCACCAUGAUGCUCCACGAGCCAUAUCUCCAAGCCGCUGCCCUGUCAAAGGAUGGUCCGUACGCCCGAUCGCUAGAAACCGUUGCUUCGAUUGUCGACUCUGUCUACCACAUCUCGCAGACCAUGAACGCCAACGAUGCUCUACAGGCACCGGAACCGCUCACUCCAGGGGGUGCCCUCUGCAUAUACUAUGCUGCGCGAUUACUGAUCGUGCACGGAGGAGUGGUCCUCAAUGGCACCGGAGUGCAGUGGAUGGUAAAGGUGCAGAGCUUUAGAAGAAGUUUAGAGAUCUUUAGAAGGAGGUGGUCAGUUGCAGAUACUUAUCUCCGACAACUUGACCAGGCGUUACACGAACGGGCAACUCAAUCACGGAUGCCGUAA